GUUUCUAUGCCCCCAUCUGACUCCAGGCACUACCCUUGCUAUGCUGGGAAGAUAAACAGCUCAGAAGUGCUCCCACUGGGGAAGUGAGGGCUGUUUGACCUGCUGUUUUCCAAGAUUAAUGCUCAUUGCUUUUUUGGGAACCAAGUCCCUCAGAGCAGCUCAGGUGCAGGCGUUUCAAAGCAUCUCUGGCUGCUGUGAGCCCCAUGCUGUGCUUCCCUUGUAUCUCCCCAUGCAGACCGAAAUCGAGGGCAUUCUGAAGCAGGGGCUAUUUCUCAUCGCUGCCUUUUGCACCCGCAAUCCCUGGGGCCAACAUAAUCAAAACCAUAUAUUAUCCAAGGAGCAAAUUGGUGAGGCGGUGCUGUCAUUGCCUGGUACUGUGGGAACACGCAGGGCUUUGCUGCUUGUGGUGCAGAGAGGAGGAAGUAAACCAGGAUGGAGCAGGGUGAGAUUUGCUGCCCUGUCCUUAGUGCGUGGGGAAGAGAUGGUGCACGGCUUGUGUGUACCUGGCAGGGAGCGUGCUGCUAACGGAAGCACUGCUGCCAAUUAACAGUGUGUGCCAUGCAAUCCUUUUGUUACUUUUUAAUUCACCCUCAUGACACCCUCGAGCUGACACCAUCUUCGUUUAUCAGAUGGGGAAGCUGAGGCUGGCGGCAGAUCCCUGGCCCUGGAUCCCAAACCUGAGCUGUUUUAUUGCAGAAGCCCCUCUCCCCAUCCCCCUCCUUCUCUGACACACUCAGCUGGUUCCUAUCAAACCCAUUUCUGCCAUUUCUCUGCUUUGAUUUAAAUAGCUUAUCUUUACCCGAUCCGGUGAAUUAUUUGGUAGGUGUUAACGUGCUGGAACUGCUGGGGCUGUGAUUUAUGACCCCCAUUGGGUGUAACCGCUGUCGUGUCUCCAUCUCCCCCUCUUCUCCCCAGCACUGCCUGCUCCUGAAGCCAGCUCUGCUGCUGAGUGUCUCGGUCACACGUGGGGUAUGAACAGGAGCCUGAGCUCAGCGCCCAUAAAAAUAAACAUGCAUAAAAAUCCACGAGGGGGGGGUGUUUUUCCAGCGUGGAACAUCACCUGGAGGUUGGGUUUAUGGCACCUAGCAUGGCUUGAAAUGUUUGGAGGAAAGGCUCUCAUGCUGCUGAUGUGCAGGUACUGACGAUGCAGAUCCUGCUCACAGCAGUGCUCGGGAUCCUUUGGAGUGUUUCAGACUUCAUAGCUGGUUUGAAGGGCGCUGCAGCAGUGGAGGUGACCUCUUUUCACCCAGGAAAUGUCCUCCUAUUACAUCUGCCCCUGUCAGGAGUUUAAACUCCGCUCUGCCAUGCUUCGCCGGGCGCUCAAGUGGUGCAAAUCAGCGCUGAUUGCUGAAGUCAGCCCUCAGCAGCACAACGCGUGGCCCUUCUGUCACCACCAGCGCUGCGAGCAUCACAAAUCCCCUCCAGUUUCACGGCAGGAUCGCGCUGUUUGGGCCGGGGUGAGUCCUGCCCCAUCCCCAUUCCCCUCUUCCCCAUCCAUGGGGUAGUGGCCAAAUCCACAGCUCAGCUGAGGUAUGGCUGUCAGUGAAGAGCGUGGCUGUCCUGCAACAGACAGCAGUCAGAGGGGUGGGAACUGCCCCUGCGUUCCUGUGGGCAUGAAAACCUUCCUGGCAUCUGUUCCCCGUGCCUCAAAUUGAAGCGGUGAUUAAAGCGCAAGGGAGAAGCCGUAAGGAAAUCUGCAUUCAGCCCAAGGCACGUAGAGCUCCUUCUGCUGCGGAUGUUCCCAAGGGCUGGUCAGCUUGUAAUUAUUAACUAAUUACUGCAGAAUAAUCACGGUGCCACAGCACGUAGGAGGUACGGGAGGUGCGGAACGUGCUGUAUCUUACGAAUCCCAACCCGUUCUCAUCUGUCCUUUGUAUUUUGCCCAUUGCGGUGGCAUCUGAUGGCAUUGCUGCCCGCUGGGCUCUCGGAGCAAUGCUCUGAGGUGGCCCGUGGCUGCAGCUUGGUGGUGGCAUUUGUCAUGAGGGGGCUGAAGGGCAGCGUUCAGAGCUGCAUCCCGGUCUGUGGCCACAGGGAGGGCCUUCUUGGCAGGAUCUUGCUUGGAGGAGACCGCAGCCGGGGGCAGAUCACAAGCUUGCCCCUACAGUGAGAGCAUUGAUGUUGCGUGUUUUGUCAGCGUGGCAGCGGCCAGAGGAGGGAAACGAGCAGCCCCAGGGAUGAGAGGCUCUGUGUGUCCCAGCAGCAGCUUCGGGGCAGGCUGCUGGUGGAGUCACACCGUGGGGACUGCUCGGGGUGGCACGUGUCCCCAGCAGGGCUGCACAUCCUAUGGGGUCUCACCACACCCAGGGGACCACGCUGUGCCCGUGGCACUGCCCCCUGCAAAUGGGGCAGUUGGCUGGCACAGCGCUGGCAUCUUCUCCUUCUUAGAGGAAGAGCAGAGUCUGGAAACCUGCGUAUCACAAGGAAACCUCAGCAGUGCCACGUUGUGCUGCAGGGCCGUGUGGUCGGGGCGAGAAACCUCCCAGGGAUGCCUCCAGCUGCCCUGCUCUGAAGAGCCCCGAGGUUUGCUUUUCUGCUUGCUUUGUCACUGAUUCAAGGCAGAAAACCUCUCUGUGUGGGUCUGAGUGCUGGUCAGCAUCGAGAGCUGCUGCUGUGCCCAUAGGCAUGGGGACGUGGGCAUUUCCAAUGUGUGAGGAGUGCAGAGCAAGGGUCUGAUGGAUUCCCUCCAGUUCCAUGAAAACACGGCACCGUAUCUGCAGGAGAAGGUGCGUUUUUAUAAACGACCAUUAACAGCAUGUGCUCUAUUUAAAUCCUUAAUCCCUUCCAAUCCCUCCUUAUUAACGAUUAAUUGUGCAACUAAUCGCGCCAUGAUAGCAGCGGUGCGGGCGCAGGUUGUUGUUGUGCACGCUGCAGUGGAAGGGAGAUCAGAAUUCGGGCGGGCACUCAGCUCAGCUCACGUCUGCUGGGUGAGCCUUGGCCAGGCCUCCCAUCCCUCCAGCUCUCAGAGUUAUAAUCCUUUCUUAUCUCGAAGCACGCAGCUUAUCAGCGCGCGGGGUGGGAGAGGAACAGCGCCGAAUGCAGCGAGUGAGCUUUGAACGCUGCUGGGUGCUGCAGCCCUUCGCCUCGCUCAGCUCGGAGUCCCCUUGGCUCGGUGCCUGGGCACCACGUGGCUCUGUGGACACGGUCUGAUUCGGGGGGAAAACGGGAAUUGGUUCAGGAUGUGCUCCCGGGGCCCUCUCCCUGAGCUCAGUGAGUGUUUGCAGCACCCAUCUCUGCCCGGAGGUGCCCAAGGACUGGAUCCGGCCGCGUGUUUUCCUGCACGAGGUCCCUCCCUCCUUCGUUCCCUUUAUCUUUGUUAUCUCCCCCACUUCCCAAGGCUGCCGUGGGAACGCUCCGAGCUCACAAGGACACGGGAGCAGCGGGUCUCUGCAGGAGAACGGCGGUGAUUUGGAAGUGGGGCAAGGAGCGAGGAGACGGAUGGGAGUGGGAAGAUGGGGCUGGAGAAGAGAGAACAAUUCAGGGUGUUAAAACUCACCAGCUCCACUUGCUCUGCCUGCCGUGCUCGCGGUGACACUGCGACUUUCAGGGCGCCACGCUGGGGCUUGGCUUGCCAAAGCAGACAUUAUUUACAGUUCAACAAGGAACAAGGUUUAUCUGAACAGCCUGUGCUCGCCGAGUUCCCAGAUAGGCAUGAAAUGUUGCCCUCCAUAGGGAAGUGAGCAGAGGGCUGCGGGCACCGGGGCGUGCUUAAUCUAUUUCUAUCUAUAGCUGGGAUGCAGGCAGGUCCGGGUUGGGUUUAAUGGGAUCGUGUCACGAUGGUGGGAAGGUUCCUGCAGGCAGUGCAGGAGGACAGCGGGUUCCUGAGGUUCCUGAGGGGAAGAACUUGGGUGGAGCAGGAGCUCUGCACACCUCACCCCGGGAUGCUCAGUGCUUCUGUGUUAUUCCUGCCCUGUGUGUGGCCCCAGUGCUGGUUUUCACGCCGUUGCCCAACCCGGGGCUCUUUGCAAAGUGGAAAUGCUUCGUGUGCAGAAAUCGGGAGCGCAGCGCUCUUGUAUCAGCACGGAGAUCUGAGAAGCAGAGGGGCAGAAGGGGCACUCGGCUCCCUCCAAGCAGAAGCUGAAUGUUGAAAUAGGGAGAGAGCAUCUGGCUGAGAAAUGCAUGCACCCGUGUGCAAAGCCCUCCGAGGUGCACAACAGGUUUAAGAUUAAAUAGCAGCUUAGUGCAGCCCUUGGCAGGAAGGAGACUUGCAGUGUUUGCUCACUACCUUGCUAUCAUGUGACUACCCCAGAGCUUUAAAUAAAACAGAUUUGCAACCCUGCAGCAAAGAGUUUUAUGUGCCUAAUGCCGAGCCGUGGUACCCACUGCUCCAGAGUGUGGUGCUGGGGGGGAAACCCAGCUCAGAGUGGGGAGAAAUAGGUCAGGAGCAGCGUCUGCAUGCACUGCUUUCCCUAUUGCUGCACCAAGAUCUGUCUGAGUGCAACGGGGAGCGGCUCCAGCGCCAAGGAGCUCCUGGGUCUGUGCUUGCCGCUGCUGGAAGGAGCCUUAAUCCCUCCGAAGCUGUUUGCACACUCCCUGCAGCUCCUCCUCCCAUUGCUGGGUGGGCAGAAAGUGCCCGACCUGCUGCUGCGGGUGCUGGUGGCAUGCAGAGGGUGCGGGAGCGCAGGCAUCUGCAGCAGGUCACGAGGUAAAAUGAACAAGAUGAAAAACUUCAAGCGGAGGUUCUCGCUCUCGGUGCCUCGGACGGAGACCAUCGAGGAGUCGCUGACGGAGUUCACGGAGCAGUUCAACCAGCUCAACAACCAGAGGAACGAGGACCAAGGGCACCUGCCACUGGGACACCUGGGCAGGGACAUCGGAGCCGACCCUGCUGCCAUCUCCCCGCCUGACGUGGGGGGCCAAUCCCCGAUGGCCGUGCGCUACCGCAGCAGCACCCAGCGCCGCUUCUCCACGGAGGAUGUCAGCAAGCGCCUCUCCCUGCCCAUGGACAUCCGCCUGCCCCCCGAGUUCCUGCAGAAGCUGCAGAUGGAGAGCCCCGAGUUCCCCAAGCCGCUCAGCAGGAUGUCGAGGCGGGCAUCCCUCUCGGAUAUCGGGUUUGGGAAGCUGGAGACGUACGUUAAACUGGACAAACUGGGCGAGGGCACUUAUGCCACUGUCUUCAAGGGGCGCAGCAAGCUGACGGAAAACCUGGUGGCACUGAAGGAGAUCCGCCUGGAGCACGAGGAAGGGGCUCCGUGCACCGCCAUCCGGGAAGUGUCGCUGCUGAAGAACCUCAAGCACGCCAACAUCGUGACCCUGCACGACAUCAUCCACACGGAGCGCUCCCUCACGCUGGUCUUCGAGUACCUGGACAGCGACCUCAAGCAGUACCUGGAUAACUGCGGGAACCUGAUGAGUGUGCACAAUGUGAAGAUCUUCAUGUUCCAGCUGCUGCGCGGCCUGUCCUACUGUCACGGGAGGAAGAUCCUGCACCGAGACCUCAAACCCCAGAACCUGCUCAUCAACGAGAGAGGAGAGCUCAAGCUGGCCGACUUCGGGCUGGCCAGAGCCAAGUCAGUGCCUACCAAAACGUAUUCCAACGAGGUGGUCACGCUGUGGUACCGACCCCCCGACGUCCUGCUGGGAUCCACCGAGUAUUCCACCCCCAUCGACAUGUGGGGCGUGGGGUGCAUCCACUACGAGAUGGUCACCGGGCGGCCCAUGUUCCCCGGUUCCACGGUGAAGGAGGAGCUGCAUCUCAUCUUCCGGCUGCUGGGAACGCCGACAGAAGACACCUGGCCGGGGAUAACGUCCAGCGAAGAGUUCAGGGCGUACAACUUCACGCAGUACCGAGCGCAGCCGUUAAUCAAUCACGCCCCGAGGCUGGACUCAGAAGGCAUUGACUUGCUGAUGAACCUCCUCCUGUACGAAGCCAAGAGCCGGAUUUCAGCAGAGGUGGCCCUGCGGCAUCCGUACUUCAAGAGCCUGGGGGAGCGGGUGCACCUCCUGCCCGACAAUGUCUCCAUCUUCUCCUUGAAGGAGAUCCAGCUUCAGAAGGACCCUGGCUACCGAGGCUCAGCCUUCCAGCAGUCAGCCCGAGGGAAGAACAGGAGGCAGAGUAUAUUUUAAACCUGGAUCUCAUGUUCCCUUUGUCACCAUGGAGAUCAGCGCACUGAGGAAGGAGACGGCGCCGCUCUCCCACCCGCCCCACCGCGUCGCUCAGCCCGGCAGGAUGGAGCUGGUGGCUCUCCCCACAUCCCCCAGCAGCUGGUGGCAGUGGGACCUGUGGCCUUUUUUCCCCUCUCGUUCUCACGUUGUCCCCGUCAGCUGCCACCCCCUGUGCAGGCGCAGCGCAUCCCACCUGGGAGCAGCGGGGUGCUGCCUUGCACUGGGGGAGCUGCUUGCUGAGCUGGGUGCAGGGAGGCUGUGUGAGCACGGGCUGGGGUCUGUGAAGCAGAAGCUGUGGUUGAAUGGCGUUCAGCCCAGGCAGGCAGCAUCCCAGCGCUCAGCCAGCUCACGUGCAGCCCCAUCCCACUGAGAGCUGGGCAUCCCCCAGCCUGGCACCAGAGGAAUGCUGCUGGAGCACCAGCCCUGGGGCAGCCCUCCCUGCUGCGCCCUCGCUUCUGCAUCCAUACCACCUCCAUCUCUGCUCGUUGUUGGUACAUGAAUCCCAAUGAGGGCGGAGUGGCCUCACGCAGCAUCCCCUCUCCUUGCCACCGUUGUGUUCCCCAGUUCUGCUGCCAUCACAAGGGACGGGACGCGAUGCCCAGUGUGAUUCCCAGUGGGGCACAGGAGCCCACGGCCGAGCAGAGCCAUGCAGCGUCGCCGCAGCCCAAUGCUACGCACCCACCGCAGUGCAUUCCCCACCUGGAGGCUGGAGAAGAGAUGCCAAACCUCCCCCAGGUCAGCUGCGGGGACCAGAAAUAGACCCGGAGAACAGCAAGCCAUCCCCCAGCCCUCCCCACCUGUAGCCAAUGCCACACCGAGCAGGCCUGGCUCAGACCCACGCCGUGGGACCGAGGGGCACAUCGUGCUGCUCGAGGGCUGCUCCUGGCGCAUUUGAGCUGGAACCUGCCAGACCCAUCCUAUGGAGGAUGUGCCGAUGUCCCAACCUGCCACCAUCCCGGGACAGGCAGUGCCCAGGGGAUGCUAACUCUGCUCACACCGCUGUUUCUCCGUGGAGCAGAAUCAGAGCUCUGUUUUCCCCUCUGCAAACGCAAAGAGGGAGGAGAAAGGAGAAGAGCCCGGGGUUCUCCAGCGCUCAAUGCGCUGCGCUCUGCGCUCCUCCCGUCAGCCCAAAGCUGUUAAGUUGGGUUUGUCCUAGACAAGCAUCCAGACGUCUGCAUUGUUUGAGGUUUGCCCAUCCCUGCUCGGUUCCCUUCUCGGUAUGUCCAGCAUACAGCAGGCUGAAUAGUUCAUUAAUUGUUUCCAUUUGAUAGGGAAGAGCAUGAAUAGCCAUCAGCCACCAGUGACGCGUUUCGGCCUGAUGUGAGGGUUGGGCCGUGCCUGGUUCCCUGUGCUCCGCUUGGGCUGCACGGGGCUUUACAAAAGGAGGUGCUGAGCUCACAUUGCCACCUUUCCUUUCAUUCAGGUGUUGACACUGGGAUUUUUCUGGGCACGACAGGGAUCUGUGGUGCUUCCCAAGGCACCAAGGGCACAGAUCUGGGCAAGUCCUACUCUUGGGAAGCCCCGACAGGAAGUGCAUGACCUAUUCUGGCUUUACAAGUCCCGUGCCCUGAGGUUGUCUUGGGCAUAAAGCCAGGGCAGGGGAAGCCUUGCUGAUCCUUCUAUUGAAGGGCAGAGGCAGAGCUGCGGGGUACGGGGCUCUCUGCUGCCUGGCUGAGCCCUUGGGAACCAGUGUCCCCGUAGGGCAGAUAUCCCCAGGGAGCAGCAAGGUGACCCAUGGAACGUGAGCACACAGACAGCGCUGCUUUAUCUGAGAUCAGAUAAGGAAGACAAAGAGCCUGCUGGCUGCUGUUUGCUCUUUCACAGCCUUUGCCUUUCCUUCUCCGAGACAGGAGAUCUUUGUGUGAAGGCACUAUUAUUUAUUCGCCCCGUGCAUGACCAGCAGACUGCGUUUCAGAUAACCCCUUUUGUUCCGCUGCCUUUUGUGGGUGUUGGAUUCCUAUUCAGGAGGUCGAUAAAGUGCAUAAAUAUUUGGUGCCCCGC